CCCCGUGCGGAGCGCUGCGAGCCGCCCCGUGACCCGCUGAGCGCCCUCCGCCUGCGCGCAGCCGUUACCCCUCCCCGCGGGCCGGCCCGGCUCUGCAGUCGCCAUAGAGACCGCGCCGCACGCCAUGGGGCGGAGGCUGGGCCGGGGGGCGCCGCUGUAGCCCCCGCCCCGCGCCGCGCACACCAUCCCCGCGGGGCCGGGGGCGCCGCAGGGACACGCCGCACCGCCCCGAGGAGCCGCCGCCUCGGCCCCGUUCCAGUGACUGGUUAAAUGGAAGCCACUCCUAGGAUCUGGAUGGUUUCUAUUGCCACACACUUCGCAUAGCAGCUCCAUCACCUCAGGAGGUUGCAAUGAGUGGAGGAGGGGAGCAGCCCGAUAUCCUCAGUGUGGGAAUAUUGGUCAAAGAACGAUGGAAGGUGUUGAGGAAAAUAGGAGGUGGAGGAUUUGGAGAAAUUUACGAUGCACUGGACUUGCUUACUCGGGAAAAUGUUGCACUAAAGGUCGAAUCAGCUCAGCAGCCAAAGCAAGUACUGAAAAUGGAAGUAGCUGUGUUGAAAAAGCUGCAAGGAAAAGAUCAUGUCUGUAGAUUCAUCGGAUGUGGACGCAAUGACAGAUUUAACUAUGUGGUCAUGCAGUUGCAGGGUCGGAACUUGGCAGACCUGCGUCGGAGCCAAUCUCGAGGAACGUUCACCAUUAGUACCACUCUGCGGCUUGGGAAGCAGAUUUUGGAAUCUAUUGAAAGUAUUCAUUCUGUGGGAUUCCUGCACAGGGACAUAAAACCAUCAAACUUCGCAAUGGGACGUUUUCCUAGCACCUGUAGGAAGUGUUAUAUGCUGGAUUUUGGCUUGGCACGGCAAUUUACCAACUCAUGUGGGGAUGUCAGACCACCACGAGCUGUCGCUGGUUUUCGAGGAACGGUACGAUAUGCAUCAAUCAAUGCUCAUAGAAACAGAGAAAUGGGUCGGCAUGAUGAUCUUUGGUCUCUAUUCUACAUGUUGGUGGAAUUUGUGGUUGGGCAACUGCCUUGGAGAAAAAUAAAAGAUAAGGAGCAAGUGGGCUCCAUUAAAGAAAGGUAUGAACACAGACUUAUGUUGAAACAUCUUCCUCAAGAAUUUAACGUCUUUCUGGAUCACAUUUCUAAUUUAGAUUACUUUACAAAGCCUGAUUACCAGCUUCUCAUGUCUGUGUUUGAGAAUAGCAUGAAGACAUUUGGGGUUGUUGAAAGUGACCCAUUUGACUGGGAGAAGAGCGGAACUGAUGGGUCUCUGACAACAACAACAACCUCAACCACACCUCAGUUACACACUCGUCUUACACCGGCUGCAAUUGGAAUUGCCAAUGCCACUCCUAUCCCAGGAGAUUUGCUGCGGGAGAAUACAGAUGAAGUAUUUCCUGAUGAACAACUCAGUGAUGGAGAGAAUGGUAUUCCAGUUGGUGUCUCACCAGAGAAACUACCUGGAUCCCCUGGCCAUCAGCGUCCUCAGGAAAAAGAUGUUUGGGAAGAAAUGGAUGCAAACAGAAACAAAAUAAAACUAGGGAUCUGUAAGGCUGCCACAGAGGAAGAAAACAGCCAUGGGCCAGUGAAUGGGAUGCUUAAUGCACCGAGUCUCGGUUCUCCAAUUCGUGUUCGCUCAGAGACCACCCAGUUAGACAGGGAUGUUCCACUGGUGCGAAAGUUACGUUCAAUUCACAGCUUUGAACUGGAGAAGCGCAUGACAUUGGAAUCAAAGCCAGACACUGAUAAGUUUCUUGAGACUUGUUUGGAGAAGAGGCAGAAAGACUUGAAUGCUGCGACAGAGACUCCUGCUGCUGCUGUUCCUCCUCUUUCUCAGAAAACACCCCUUCCUGCUCCUGUGACUGCUCGCAUGGACCAUGUUUGGCAUUAUGAUGAAGAAUAUCUUCCAGAUGCUUCAAAACCUGGGUCAGCUAUUUCUCCAGACCAUGCUGAUGGUGUUAUGAGCAAUGGAUUUGUAGCUGUUAACUUAAGCUCCUGCAGGCAGGAGGUUGAUUCCAAGGAAUGGGUGAUAAUAGAUAAGGAACGGGACUUACAAGACUUCAGGACAAAUGAGGCUUUAGGGCACAAAAUGACUGGAAGUCCCUCAGAUGAAGAGCCAGAGGUACUACAAGUUCUAGAGGAGUCCCCUCGAGAAGAGCAAUCCAGACAGGGUGGGUGGGCAGGAAACAAUGUCAAUGGCAAGAACCAAACUUCAGGGGUGGAGUUUGUUCUAGACAUGGAGUGUCAUCCUGCUGCUUCUGAACAGCUUACAGAUAAGUUGGAACUUCUGUCUGGAGCUGCUGGACAGCUUCUUGCGGCCACCCCUACAAGUCCUAUGGAAGCUCAAGCAGAAGGAGCACUCACUCCGAUAACAAUACCCAGGCCUUCAGUGGCAUCCACACAGUCUGCUUCAGAGAGCUUUCACUAUGGCCACCAGCUGGAGAGAAGAGAGCAGGAUGGUCAGUCUGCGGAACACACUGUGGAACUUUCCUCUCCAAAAGAAAGUUUGCCAGGUGUGGUUGUGACAGAAGAUGAAAUUCCAGCUAGUGCCAGCAGACCAGAUUUAGUACUUAAUAUCAACCAAGAGGUGCUUGAUAGAGAAGGACUUGUCAAAGAAAGUGUCGAUGUCCUGGACUGUGGCCAAAAGGACCUACCUGAACAACACAGUGGGAUACAUGAAGAGAAUGAACUUGAAAAUGUUCCUGUAGAGGAAACCGAGGAAGAAAGGCUUCCAGUGGUUUCUGAGGAUGCCAUUGAAAUGUUAAGCAAAGAGCAGAAUUCUUCUUUGCCAGGAAACUCAAAAUCUGCAGAGGAAGAACCUCUAACAAAUACUGAAGCUGCUGACGAAUCAAAGCCAAGGCCCGUCUGUUUGGUGCCAAAUCAAGAUGAGAGUCUGAAGUCAGUAGCACCUAAAGCAUCAGAACUGUCUCCCUCAAGAAUUACUAACGCACAUGUUAAUAAGCAGGCAAACAAAAUAGCAACUGUUCAUGAAAAUGGUUUUCAUUCUGAUAAGGAAGAAGUCCAUAGCCAAGACUUGAAAUGCCACCAAGUGGCCCUUACUACUUUUUUGCAGCAGGAGAACAAAAAAGAGAAAAAUUCUCCCAGAAAUGGAGAGUUAUUCCACUGCAUUUCAGAAAAUGAGAAUUCUUACCGAUCCAAGAAGGACUCAGUUAAGUCUCCUUUUGUAUUCAGGCAGAGCCGAAUCCCAGUUUUAGCACAAGAGAUAGACUCAAUGUCAGAUUCCUCUUCUGUUUCAGCAAAGGAAAAGCUUCUUCUAAAAAAGGCCCAUCAGACAGACUUGGUGAAAUUACUUAUGGAAAAGAGACAGCUCAAAUCUUUCCUUGGUGACCUCUCAAGUGCCUCUGACAAGUCACUGGAGGAAAAAAUGGCUGCUGCUCCAGUACCAUUUUCUGAGGAUGAUGUCUUAGCUUCAUUUUCUAGAUUGACACUGGACUCUCAUUUCAGCAAGCAGAAUGAAGAUAGCUCUUUAUCUCCAAGCAGUCCUCAGUCCAGAAAAAGCAAGAUUCCAAGGCCAGUGUCCUGGGCAACCACUGAUCAAGUCACUGGUUCAAGUUCAGCUCAGUUCUUUCCUCGGCCACCACCUGGAAAACCACCUACUAGACCUGGGGUAGAAGCUAGGUUACGCAGAUACAGAGUCCUAGGGAGUAGCAGCUCGGACUCAGAUCUUAUCUCCCGUCUGGCUCAAAUCCUACAGAAUGGAUCUCAAAGACCAAGGAGUUCUACCCAGUCUAAGAGUCCAGGAUCUCCACAUAGUCCAAAAACACCACCCAAGAGCCCUGUCAUCCCCCGACGCAGUCCCAGUGCCUCCCCUAGGAGCUCUUCUUUGCCCCGUACUGCCAGUUCUUCUCCGUCCCGGGCUGGGAGAUCCCAUCAUGAUCAGAGGAGUUCAUCCCCGCAUCUUGGGAGGAGUAAAUCACCUCCUAGCCAUUCAGGCUCCUCAUCUUCUAGGAGAUCUUGCCAACAAGAGCACUGCUGCAACAAACCAAGCAAGAAUGGUCUUAAAGGGUCUGGCAGUUCCUUCCACCAUUCCCCAAAUACUAAGACUCCCACAGGAAAGAGCAAAUCAACCACUAAGCUUAGCAGAUAGGAACUGGGCCUCAACAGGUAUAAAGUCUCCUCCUAAAUCUGAUGCAUGUUGUGUCUGUGUACUGUGUAUUAAAAAAAAUAAUCAAAAAAAGUGUAUUAAAAAAAAAAAGGUGUUGAAUCUGCACAUUUUAAAGAAAGUAAGCAUUGUAAACUAUUCAUAAGAAAUCAUUCUGUGUAAAUAAGUGGCCAGGCUUUACCUAAGAGCAGGCAGCAAGCAGAUCCACAAGAGGGGAAGUAGAGGCCAGAAAAAGAAUGACUAGAUAGUCGAGGAGGUGCAAUGUGUUUAGAGUAAAAAAGUAUCUCUAAGGUGAGUGUUUUAAAGGGAUAUUUAUCUUGAUGUUUUUUGUUUACCUAGUUAGAAGAUUUGGCCUAAUUAUGUAAGGCCUUACAUACACAGGAGUAUGUAAGAAAACCUGAAAUGAUUAUUCCUAAAAUGAUGUCACCACUCGGGAGAUAAGUUCUGCUCAAGCCUGGCUUCGCAGUUUUUAAAAAGCACACAGAAGAUGAUGGUAUUUGUACCUUAUAAAUUUCUUUCAUUUUGAGCUGCACUUAUCUCUUGAGUCACUCAGUGCUCAUCUUAGCCCCUAUCUGUCAUGGCACAGAUUUCUUACCUAGGGAAGUAUCAUAUACCUUUUCCCUUCUUAGCACCGAUGACAUUAAAAACAUUUGCCAAGAUGUUUUUGUAUCUAUAUUAUUUAGAAAUUUGUUUAGUAGUAAUCAAGAUCCAAGAAGCUAAUUGUCAGUUCUACAACAUACAUUUCUUUGGGAGUCAUAGUGGAGUUCUACAUUUGGUAGAAUUUGGAAAAGCAUUCCUGUCCAGGAAAUGAGAGAAAAGAGAUGUAUGCACUUCACUGGAUGUUGCAGAUUUACAAGAAAAUGCAAUGUAAGUUGGAAAAUAAUUAGAAAAUGGAAGUACCUAUUUUUUUGCCUUUAAUUCAGCUGAAAAAAAGAACCUUUGUUUUUGCUGACUUUUGUUUUUCCAUUAGUUAUGGAUCACCUAAACCACAGAUCCUACCGUGCAAAGACAACUGCCAACCAAGAUUUGGUUUUUUUGAUAAUUUAUUUUCUAAAAUCAUGAAAGAUGAAACAGAGAUGAGGAGAUUGUCUACUUUGUGAACUUGGUAGGUUAUAGGUGACAGAAAUAUACUUAACACCCUUACAAAAUCUAGUCAAGAAUAUUGCUCUUCAAAGCAAAAUAGAAAGAAAUCUGAAAUACUUUUGGUGUUGGAUUCUCGUAAUUUUUUUACCCAAAUGUUGUUUUGAUCAAGCUUUGUUGACACUCAGUGAAGUCCAUAGUGUGUAAUUCCUCCAACUUUAUUUGGUAAUUACUUAAUAACCUCUUGUGCCCUACAGGAUCUCUGUAGGGAGUGAAAAGGCAUGGCACCUUUUGCUGUAUUCAGAAAAGAAAAAUGGGUUAGAAUGAUAACACACAAGAAUGCAAACCUGAGAAAGAUGCAGCCAUCUCUCCCUAACUAUUCCUGUUGUGGGGGCUCUGGGUGCGCAGGAGACUUGUCAGUUACUGAUCUGCUUGCUGUAGUCAUAUGCCUCUCCAGCCAGCAUCUGUGCUUUUUUAUUUAACCUCUGCCAAAUGAAUACCUUUGGAUUAAAAAGGGAAUAUUUUGUCUCUGAGCUAACACAUUCUAAUGCUGCAUUAAAGCUGCCCUAGAGCUGCACUGAAUUUCACUCGCUUUGUCAGACUGUGUUGUUUUUUUUCCUCCUUUCUUACUCUGAGUAUGUAUAUUGUUUCCCAUACGUUAUGUAGCACAGUGGGGAACCUUAAUAUCAUUCAGGUUUCAAGCACUACAGAUGAAUGCAAUAGGUAGGAUAUACCUGCUUUUUCUGAAGAAACUGUACCAUUGGAAAGUCCUAUUCCUUUGUAUUAUAUUGUAUAAUAGGUGCUAUACCAAUAAUUGCAUGUCCUCAUGGUAAAUUAUAUAAUAUAAAUAUUUAUAUAUAUACAUAUAUGUAUAUGCUUAUAUAUACGCGUUCUUUCUCAUUUUUCAUUUGUAAUUUAUGGACCACAAAUAAUACAGUUCCCUUUCUGUUAGUUCCUGUGUACUUACAUCUUCUAUUUCCCCUCAAAAAAUUCUGGAAUGCACAAAUUCUAAUAGCCUUUAUACCUUGGUACAAGACUGAAGGACUGCUGAUCUCUCAACCAGCCGAUGAUUUGUCUUGCAGCUUGCUUUUAUUUCUUUAUAAUUUUAUGUGCAUAUGGAACAAGAACAAAGACUCAAAGGUAUUUUUAAUUUUUAUUACAAAUAGGUCUUGUGGUUACUCAUUUUUAUUUCAUAAUGUGAGUUCUUAAUUGUGAAUACUUGUCAUAUAGGAACAGACACUCAGUGAAUACCUAACAGAUGAAUGUGACAACAAAUUCCAUCUCUUUUUUUUUCCUGUUUUCCAUAUUUCCUUAUGGUAUAUCAUAAGAAAGAAUUUGGUCAUAUUGUGAUGUUUUUGCCCUGGGCAUUGCUGGAAUUAUUUGUUAAGGUGGUGUGGCAGCCCAUGAUUAUUUUUCCUUAUUUUUGCAAAGCAUUUAUUAUGGUCUUGUAAGCUUAUUCCUACAUUACCAUGGUCAGUUUUAGUCAGUACCAACUUGUUAUGCAUCCUUGCCUGAAAUGCUGAAGUUGAGGUGUUUAUAUUUUCUCUCUAAUGUAGCAGGAUCCAGAAACAGGUAAUUACUUUACAGCUGAGAAAAAAUAUAACACCAAAGUUAUGUUGGUUGGUUUUUGUGUUUUUUUUGUGUUGUCUUCAAAGUACAGGCUUGUCCAUUGUUAGACAUGACUAUGUAAAAUAAAUCAAUGCUGUAGAAAUUCACUUGUACUUGAACUACAUGCCAAUGUAAAAAUAGUAAGCUAUGCCAAAACAGAGAAAAAUAUAUCAGUCACAAUUGAUGACCCAGGCUUCUUUUGGUGCAGAAAAAGGUAAAAGGACUGUAUAUCCCCAGUUGCUUUUUUGCUGAGGAUUCAAGAGGAUUUAAUGAGAAAAUCAUGCAGAUAUAAAUGGAGGAAUGAUUGUGAAUAACUUAUUUUGAACUACCUGCUCUUCUUGAUUUUUUUAUUGCUUGAUACCCUCCCCUCAAAAGUUUACAGAAUUGCUUACUAUAGUCUAAGGUAGAAAUCAGUUACUGUAGUUAGGUAAUGGUCAGCUGAUCAACUCAUACGUAAAUAUUAGCUUAAUAUUUCUAGAGGGCCUUUGUAAUCAUUAAGGACUCUGUAAGCUUCAAUAUUUGAAUAUGCAACUGACUCUGCAGAAAAACACCAAUGUACGUGUGUGUGGCCCUUACACAGAGUGUGUAGGAAUGGUUUAUGGAGGGCUUUCUGCAGCACAUUUUCAGGGAUGGGGAAGGUUUUUCUCCAUUGUAUAAAAUGGUUACAGUUACUCUGCAUAGUGCACAGAAGCUUACAUAGGGAUAUUAUCUGGGAAACGAGAAAAUUCAAGGAGCUCUUGCUUUGUCCUCUUCGAGCCUCCAUUUCUUUGGAGGGCAGUGUGGUGGAGCCAUGACAUGUAGCAGAUGCAGAUGCUGCACACACAUUUCCUCUUUAUGGUGUUUUCUGUGUUGUGGCCAGCACUUUGGGGCAUUUUUUAGAGAAACUGAGGCAUGAAGCCUUAAAACUACAAUAGAACUUGAAAUCACUGAACAUUUCACACAAACUUUUGUGCUGCAGUAUUGCAUGAUAAAAUCAAUCUAAGUUGCAAUCUCAAAAAUAUGUAUUAAUAUUAAUUAACCUCCUUAUUAAUUGCAAAUGCCAGUUACUACUAGGUAAAACCGUGCUAAAGUAAUAGAUAGUAUGAUACAGUAAAGCAAUGCUGGCAAGUUGUAUGAUGCUAGGCACCUAUCUACUACUUGAGCAGGAUCGAUAAGCAUAGAAAUUUUCACUGCUCAAAGGCAGGAGCACUAUGAGGUCUUCACUGCUAGUUAUAUACAAUUAUACAGGAGGCAAACCCCUGCGGAGUGAUACAAGGCAUUCCUUGUAGCCACCAGCCACAUCCUGUCUUGGGAAAUCUGGACAUAUUCUUAUCUUGAAGUCUGCAUGUUUGAGAUCAAGCUUUCUUGCAUACCUCACUAAACAGUCUUGAUGUACAGGGGAGAAUCUGGUCCCAUAUAUUUAAAAAUAGCUUGAAAUAUUUUUCAUGUGAAAAAGACUUGCAAGAGCUCGGUCAUCUACGAUUUGUAGUAUUAUGAUAUUAACUACAGCUGGGAAAACACAAUUUUGAUUUUAUAGAUAUAUAUAUAAAAAUACACAUUUGUACGUAAGUGUAUCUACAUAUACACUGAUAUAGAUACUGUAUAUUAUAUAGAAAUAUAUAUAUAUACAUACAUACAUAUGUGUGUAUAUACAUAUAGAUAGAAACAGUGUCAGCUAUUCCAUCCUGUUUACUGGAAUUCAUUUGUCAGAGUGAGACGAGGCCUGUUUUGCUUUGAUUUACUCUGGUCUCCUUUUCCUCUACUACAAUUUCCCUAUGCCCUAAUUCUGUGUCUUUUCCACAUUACAAGGCCUGAUUCUGUAGUCCUGCUUGGGCAAAACUCCCAUAAGUCCUUCUUACUGAAAUAACGUUCUGCAACAGUUGACUCUAAUACUCCUAAAAAUAUGUUUCCAUUUUCUCUUCAAAGAGAAUGUACAUAAAGUCAGACUUACAGUGUAGUCUUUUUCUUGUAAACAGAAUUUUUCCAUAAAGAACUGGACAUUUUUAUGGAACACUAAGAAGCAUAAAUUCUGGUAAGAAGAAAGUGAUUAUUCUAAUUUCUUUAAAGGGUCUAAUGACAAAUUAGGGAUAUGUGCCUCCAGUUUUUAUACAUAUGUUAAAUGAGAGAGUAAUUUUCUGAAAAGGAUUAGGAGAAUAAAAGAGAGCUCAAAGUCAAACUGGUUUCUAAUUAUAGGCCUAGAAUAUAUUAUUUUUUUAUGCAAGACUGAUCCUGUGACAUGACAAGAACCAUGUCUGUCUUGUUAUUUUAAGUGAGCAAAGGUCUGGUUAGGUUAACAAACACCAUGAUUCCCUAUGGUGUGUCCUCUGUAUGCUUUUACACUAUUAGGAGUGGUCAGAGAACUGUCAGCUAUAUAAAUGAAAGCUUUCGCAAUUAUUCAUGAUUCCUUUCUUCAACUGGUAAAAGUUUUGGAUGCUCAUUGGAUGGUGAACAUGGCUGUGCCUGGUUAGUGGUUGAACUUGGAUCUUGGAGGUGUUUUCCAGCCUUGAGGAUUCUGUGAUUCCUGUUUCUGAAAUUUGUGGAACAGGGCAUAAUAUUUUAUUCUACUUCUUUUAGUAGAAUCUAAUCAAGUAGGCAGUGAACUGGAAGGCUUUGUUUGCUAUUUUUCUUGUGGCUCAAAUGUCAUUGCUUGUGAUUAUUACAAUUUUCAAUAACCACGACCAUCGGCAAAAGGAAGUGAGGUUCAGUGCUUUGACUACUACAUGUCAUACACAGGCACAGGUCAUACAUUUUUUAGCUAAUACACGCAAAUCGCACAAACAUGCACCUCACACGAGAAUACCUCAGGUGUCUGCUGGAAGCCAGUCUUCCUUUUCCCUCCAUAUAACAUUUGUGAAAGAGAAAUUAUGUAGAAGUCAGCCUGGAUUAUGUAAUAAUUGCCUGGAACUGUCUUAAGACAUAGUCAAAUGCCAAAAAGUUUUAUCACUCAUUUUCAUGUGGUUUAAAUAACCAUGUGUAAAUAAUCAGGCUUUUAAAUAUUCAUCUUUGAGGAUUUUUUUUUGUUUGGUUGAUUUUUGUUCGUUUCUUAAAAGAAUAAUUCACAGGAGUCCAUUGUUUCAAAGGCUAAUAUAUUAACUUGGCAAUUACUCUUGCCAUCCAGGUUUGAACAUGUAGGCUGAUUUUACUCUCCAUUGAUGGUAACACAUUCCUUUUAAACAGGAAUAGUGACGAACCCAAAUAUUAGCAUAUGUCAUUCAUGUAUUUUGCUUCUGUUCCUCCUCUACAUUAAGAGCUUGGAUCUUGGGAAUUCUUGCUCUUCUUGUGCAGGUGAAAUUUCAUUAACAUUAGUGUAGGGUCAUGUUUUAUUGAGACUUUUUCCCCUGAUUAGGGGCUGAAAGGAUAAACUCACUUAUUUUUUGUUGUUAUUAUUGUGACAUACCUUUUGAUCUCUACUUUUCUGUAUUACUGCUGAGAGCCAGCUUUGGCCAAGAGUACGAUGUGGUUUCUUCUAAAACAAUACCACGAGUGUGGUACUCGUGUGAAGUCCUGAUCAUUGACAAGUGUCUGUGGGAAUUCAGCUGGAAUUAAUUUGAUGUUUGUUUUGAGAUCACUUGAUCUUUGACCUAACUUUUAUGUAAAGGACCUAUAGUAAUAGCAGAAUAGCUUGCUCCAAAAGAUGCAGCAUAAUUAGUUUGGUCUGCCUGACUUCAAAUCCUCUUAAACCUAUAUCUGCUGCAUGGCAGGCAAGGUCAUAAAGGUUUGACACAAAGUGAGGUGGGAUUUUUUUGGCUAUUUCACAUCUUUUUUCUCUGACUGGAGAUCUGGAUUGUUGCCAGGCAGCCUUCUCUGCAUCCUCUUUACUUUCGUUGGCUAGAAAGCAAGAGUGGAAAUUCUUUCCCAGCUUUUUAACUUUCUUUCUACAGAGUCAGCCCAGAGACAAGUUGCAGUGCUUGUGCUAACAGAUGCCAGUUUCCAAAUGCUUUCCUAUGAAUAUCCAAUCUAGUAAAUUAAGAAAAUCACCAGCAAUGCCUUCAGACAAGUGCUGACUUUUUGAAGCUGCCAACCAAUGGCUGCUAAUCUAAAAUCUCUGGGCAAUACCUCAGAGAGUGAAAUCCCUGUAUGAAUUAAUAAUACUAUGUUGUCAACCCAUAAGAAAUCAAAUACUCACUAGUAAAGUCUGCAGUAUGAUUAAAUCAAAUGGAAAGUAGUUCCAAGGUCAUUUUUUACCAUUGAGGAAGACAAAUGUGGAGUCCUUCAAAUUCUCUUGCUCAGUAAUUGCAGUUCUCUUCCCCUCCUUGGAAAUCUUCUAAGCCAUUCAUUUCAUUUAAGUUUGCUCAGGCACCCAAGAGCAUAAAGAGUUAAUGCCCUUGUAAUGGUCAUUUGUACAUAAAGUUGUAAUUAUUUAUUUUCUCAUUUGUACCAUAUCAAGGCUUUGUACAAUGUUUAAGUUUUGUUUUCAAAUUAUUUUGUAUUUUAUUUUUAUAAACUGGUUCUAAAUAAAAUAUUCAUUCAGCAUGCAAAACUUCAA